GUCUUCACUCAGCACCUCACACUCGAUUGACGCAGACUCAGAACUCUCCCGUGCUCGCAAGAGACAAAGAGUAGAUAGCGACGCGACCUCCCCCUCCAGUUCGCUUGCGUCCACCGAGCACGCCUUAGUUCCCGCUGAUUCCGCUGCCUUUUCUACUUCCACCCCAUUUGGCCGUUCUCAACUCGCUGCUAUGAGGCUUACGGAGAGUGAUAGGGACUCUGCUUUGUCUGUCUCACCAGACUCGCAACCCGAGGCUGGCCCCAGUUCGUCCGCAGCGGGGCCUUCCAACGGUUACAAAGCCGCUGUGGCGAAGACCAAUGGAUUCUCACAGCCUUACACAAACGGGGUGUCCAAGCUUGCGUCGUCGGGUUUGUUGGACGGUAUCGCACCGGAGAAGCACAGAUCAUCCGUGGCGAAGGUGUCAAUACCGGGGAGAACGCUCUAUGACGACUCCUUCGUCGAUAGGGAGGAGUUUGUCCGGUUGGUCAUACAGAGUCUACGGGAUGUGGGCUACACCGAGUCGGCAACAACCCUCGAAGCGGAGUCCGGGUACAUCAUGGAGACGCCAGAGGUAGCCGAAUUCCGACGAUGCAUACUCACUGCGUCAUGGGACUCUGCGGAAGCUGCGCUCAUGAGAUUAGGUGUCACGGAGGGGGAGGGGUUAUGGGAGGCCAAAUUCCUCAUUGCGAAGCAGAAAUACUUGGAAUCCCUUGAAGCUGGCAAGACUACAGCAGCGUUGCAUGUCCUGCGGAACGAACUAGCACCUCUCAACCCGGAACUGGAUCAUCUCCAUGCAUUGUCGGCUCUGAUGAUGUGUUCGGAUCCCGCGGACUUGCGACAACAAAUCGGCUGGGAUGGAGCGGCGGGCACAUCGCGGAGACGCCUACUGACGGAAUUGCAACGCUAUAUCCCAUCUUCCGUUAUGAUCCCUCAACGGCGGAUCGCGACACUACUUGAGCAAGCGCGGGCUUACCAACAAAGCCAGUGCCUGUACCACAACACGCCCCUCACGAAUUGGUCCUACUCGUUAUACACAGACCACUCCUGCGACCGUAACACGUUCCCGCGUGUUACAACUGCCGUCCUCCAGGUACAUUCCGACGAGGUAUGGAAUCUUGAGUGGAGCCAUAGUGGACGCUAUCUAGCGACAGCAAGCAAAGACAAAACAGCGAUCAUAUGGCGUAUAGAGCUUGACAAGGACGCGCGGUCAAGAGCUUACUCACCAGAAUUUGUUCUACGGGACCAUCCAUACCCCGUCGGCUGCGUGGCAUGGUCAUUAGACGACUCAAUACUCCUGACGGCCGCGGAACAUUUCAUAAGGCUAUGGAAUACACGAACAGGCGACUGUACACGGGUGCUCAACCAACAUACAGACGUGGUAACAGCACUAGCGUGGCUACCCGACGGUUCGGGCUUUAUCUCGGGGGGACUCGAUCGCAAGAUCAUCCUAUGGGACGCGGAUGGAAAAAUGAGAGAUAAGUGGGAGCGGACGCCCAUCCGGGUAACCGAUCUCAUAGUCACUCCGGACUUCACACGGCUCGUUGCUGUUGGGAUGUACGACAUGCCUUCUAUACAACCAGGCUCUAAUCCACAAGAGUCUGUGACGCCAGCGGGUUCGGGCCAAGCGCAGAAUGCGGCGGCGAACGCGAACAAGAGUUCCUCAGAGACACGGAUCAUCAUCUACGAUCUACACACGAAACAGGCUGAAACGUACAUUCGACUGGAUGGCGAGCUCACAAGCGUGAAGAUAUCUCAGGAUUCCCAGUAUGCACUGAUAAACCGCGCAUCCGAGAAUGGGCCUCCAGCGGAGAUCCAUCUGCUUGACCUUGCGUCGGAGCAGGUCGUGCGGAAGUACUCCGGCCAUAGCCAAUCAAAGCAUGUCAUUCGGAGCUGCUUCGGCGGCGUCGAAGGGAACUUCGUCGUCAGUGGGAGUGAAGAUGGGAACGUGUAUAUCUGGCACCGAGACACAGGCGCCCUGCUCGAGGUCCUUGAAGGUCACGGGGAGGGCUCCGUCAACUCCGUCGCGUGGAACCCGGUCAACGAGCGCAUGUUCGCAUCGUGUUCGGACGACAAGACCAUCCGGAUAUGGGAGGCACCUCCGUCGGAAGUACAGUCGAGCUUGCUUGUUGCGGACGAGCCAUGCGAUAUGCACGAGGCCGACCACGAGCUGGAGAACGGCAAGGAUAAGGGUAAGGGCAGGUGGGACGCGGGCGCUGGGCCUAGCCGCUCGAGUACUGCGUCGGCGUCCGUGGGCGCGGAGCCGUCUACGUCGGGACGUGGAGUGGAUCCGGAGGGCGGUCCCGGGUACGGACUCGGCUCAACGACGGCGCUAUUCUGAUGAACAGGAUGGAAACCCUUUGCAUGGUAUACGAACUUCGUCCCGCCACGGACCUGCUUGCAUUUAAUUCCUGUUUUGCGUUACGCCGCCGUUAGGGGAGAUUGUCUUACCCGGCAUUUUGCCAGGCCCUCACUAUUCCAUACGUUUACCAUCCAUCAUCUACGCAAACCGCCUCGCAACUCAUUGCAUGAUUUCCGUGCUGUUUCUGAUCAUGAUGGAGCCCCUUCUUUGCAACGCCCUCGACACCUACCACUCAUAAUAUCAGUCAAAUUUCCCCUCAUCAGGCAUCACAACCGUUAUUGUUUCCACUCUUCAUGAUCGUCUUACACCACUCGCUGUCUCAUCGGAGUUCAUCCGCCUUCAUUGCCGCACUUAGACUGCAUACGAUAAAGAUCGCAUUUGAACAACAAAGGCAAACGGAUUGUAUAAUAUGUAUCUAUGUACCUCAUGAGCUGCUGCACAUAUCUU